AUGAAGAAACCAAGGACUGAAGAGCUCGUCAUGUCACGACUGUUCCCGCAGAGGAAGGACAUCGAUUCCAGUGAUUGGCAGACCCACAUCAGACGCAGUCUCAUUCAAGAAGUCCGUGCGGAAACCGUCUGUUUCUACGGGCCUUUCGAUUGCCUCGAAGCCCAAUAUCCCGGUCUAGACUAUGCUAAACCCGCUCAUCGUCUGCGUCUCAACCGAUUUCCGUCCCACCGAAAACUUUUCAGAGUCUUUGAUGAGUUGAGGCUGACCCAUUACGAAAUACAUAGACUGUGUAACUGGGAGGGUACACGGUGGGCUAGGGAGACAUAUGAGGCCAACAAUAGGGUCAAAAUAAAGGACACUACCUGGAACGGUGUUCAUGAUCUCAGGCACAAGAGGACCACUGUCACAGUGGCCCCAAUCUGGACUGGGGAAAGACUAGAGACAGAGCCCGGAGAAAUUUCGGACAACGACGUAGAAUCUGAGGGUGAAGAUGAGGAGAUGAGAGACUCAGAUGAAGGCGACGAGCUUUCUGAUGAAGAGAGUGGGGAAGAGAGCGAGGACGAGCUGCAGCGAAGCGUUGGUGUGGAUCUCAACCAGAGGCUCCUUGUUGCUACCGAGGCACGAGCAAGGGGUGAAGAGGCAAUCAUUGACGCGGACUGGGAGCAAUGGCUUAAGGAAGCAGCGGAGAGGGGCGACCUUCCUGAAUUUUCCCAUAUGCUCAACCCAACGUUGACGCCGGCAGCUCCGUCCCAGACUUCGGUAUACUGGGGGCGAGAGAUCCCAGAAUACCUCAGUGAAGAUUCUACAACCUUGCAAGCCCGCCUGCCGCCACCACCGCAGUACUUUCCCCAGGUCGAAGCAAAUUCCGCUAUAGCUACAGCCGUGGCAAUCCCGCCGGCUGUACGCCCCACGGGUGCCGCAUUGUAA